AUGACCAAUGCAUUACCUGGAGGCCAAAGAAGACAGUCGGAUAGUUCCGGAGCUAGCAACUCUCGUCCAGUCGGAACUCAGCUGAGAUUGUGGGCUCCAGGUCCAGGGCUCCAAGUAUCACGGUCAGUGACAGCAGAGCUGGCCUCUCUGUUUCCCUCUCGCGAAGUUGCAUCUCUACUGGUGGACACCUACUUUGAUCGGGUACACUGGUUCAUGCUUAUUUUCCACCAAGAUGAUUUCCGGCGAACCUGGCAACAAUUGUAUGACUCACCCAGGGAGCAGCUCACAGACGCGUACCCGGACCCUGGUUUUAUCAGUACCUUUCUAGUGGUGAUUGCGAUCGCACUGCCAUACUUGGGUGCUCAUCGGCUGCAAUUGCUGGAGGCAUAUGGCAUAUCCCCCAUGGAUAUGAAGGGUAAGAUCUUGUCAACAAUACGAGCAAAAAUUCUCGAUAUUGUCUCCGUGGGCUCAUUAGAGGCUGUCCAGACCUGCGUCUUACUGGGAACUUACUACCUCUAUCAUGGUAACUCCGAGCUUGCAUGGCCCGUAUGCGGCUGUGGGUUGCGAAUUGCCCAGGCCUUGAAUUUGCACCGGAAGCUUCCCCAGGCGGGAUCAAUGUCGUCAGAAAUGCAACGGCAGUACGAGACUCGGAAACGCUGCUGGUGGGCUAUCUAUGAGAUUGAGACCUUUUGCUCCAUGUCCUAUGGCUAUCCGCAUAGCAUCAAGGAUUCGGACUGUGAUGUAGAGUUAUUGGACCCUCUGGCCAGGUCUGCUCCUACACAGUCUCCUGCUUCUUCUGAUGCAACAGACCAGCACCCGGCCAGUCUUCUCUCUUACAAGUAUCUGAUGUCAAAGCUCUCUGUUUUGAUCAAAAAUAUUCUCACGGAUUUGUAUGGACUCGGAUCGUUGAAGGGAAAUACCCAUCCAGACAGAUCAGGCGGCUUUUCUGGUCUUCACAAUCUCAUUCGAAGAGUCUCUGCUUUAGAUACCAGAUUGCGGAGAUGGAAUACCGAGAUUCCUGAUUUGCUACAGCUAAACAACACCGGCCUGCCUGGUCUAUCAUACACAUCAGUGGAGGAGAUGGAUCGCGAUAUUGGUGCCUCAAGCCCCAAGUUUGAGAACCACAUUUAUCAGCUUCAGGCACUUGCCCUAAAACUCGCCUAUGAAAAUGCAAGAAUUCUUGUACAUCGACCUUUGCUUGCGUUUAAGACGAUGCCCACCGCUUCCGGACUUGAGAAUACUCACCUGGCCACAAGCCCUUUACAUCUCUCUUUAGAAGCCUGUCGGGAUGCAGCUCUAAGCACGUCUAAUGUUGAAUCGACCUCUAUAUUUUCCCUUGCUGUCAAUACAUAUGCAGCGGCAUUCAUCGGCAUUCAUACUUUUACUGCUGGUGUCAUGCUCUGCAUUCUGACAAGCAUCGAGCCUCUAGCUCCCCAAUCUUAUGAAUCGAAGACGGGAUUGCGUCGACUCCUCAGCAUGCAGGCGCAUUUGAAGUCGCGAUCUGGUUCUACUCUGGCUGCACAGGGCCUGGAGAUUUUGGAGAAACUAACGAGACUACUGAUGGAGAAGGAAUUGAAAGAAAUGCUAUCCUCUGGUAAUGCAGUAUCGUCGUCUCCCCAAAUUGCUCCUAGAGAUGAGCAGGCGAGACAAGACCUGGACGAGAGUGUCCAGGAUCAGACACUUGCUGCCGCAACCAUUGUCGAGGAAAAUAUGUUCAACUACAUAGAAGACCCGGCCAUGUCACAGGCCCUUUUCGACUUUGACCAAGUGCUCUCAAAUCAUGAGAUGAGCAUCCCGCUUGAAUCAAACUUCCCGGAUUUACUCGGUCCUGGAAGCGGGUUGGUGCCAGAACAAGCAUGGAUUUGGGGCGUUGAUAGCCUAGCUCAACUUCCAAUGGAUGAAUAG